GGGGACGAGGAGCGCGCGGGACCCGACAGGGCUGGGGGGCGACAGCGGGAACGGACCCGGCUGGGCCCGCCGAGGCCGCCGCCAUGUUCGCGGGGCUGCAGGAGCUGGGGGUGGCUAAUGGGGAGGACCUGAAGGAGACGCUGACCAACUGCACCGAGCCGCUCAAGGCCAUCGAGCAGUUCCAGACAGAAAAUGGAGUCCUCCUGCCCUCUCUCCAGUCUGCUCUGCCAUUCUUGGACCUCCAUGGAACUCCUAGGCUGGAAUUUCAUCAGUCUGUAUUCGAUGAGCUGAGAGAGAAAUUGCUGGAGAGAGUUUCAGCCAUUGCCUCGGAAGGAAAGGUUGAGGAAAGAUACAAAAAGCUGGAGGAUCUGCUGGAGAAAAGCUUUUCCUUGGUCAAGAUGCCGUCUAUACAGCCUGUGGUGAUGUGUGUCAUGAAACACCUGCCCAAGGUCCCUGAAAAGAAACUGAAGUUAGUGAUGGCGGAUAAGGAUUUAUACAAAGCAUGUGCCGUGGAGGUGAAGCGCCAGAUCUGGCAGGAUAACCAAGCUCUGUUUGGUGAUGAGGUGUCCCCAUUGCUGAAACAGUACAUCCUGGAGAAAGAAAACACUCUCUUUAGUAGUGAUCUCUCUGUCUUGCACAACUUCUUCAGUCCCUCUCCAAAAACGAGACGUCAGGGAGAGGUGGUUCAGAAGCUGACACAGAUGAUUGGGAAGAAUGUGAAGCUAUAUGACAUGGUGCUACAGUUCCUAAGAACAUUGUUCCUUCGGACAAGGAAUGUCCAUUACUGCACACUACGGGCAGAGCUCCUGAUGUCACUGCAUGACCUGGACAUCAGCGAGAUCUGUACUGUUGACCCCUGUCACAAGUUCACCUGGUGCUUAGAUGCCUGCAUUCGGGAGAAGUUUGUGGAUAACAAGAGAGCUCGAGAGCUGCAAGGGUUCCUGGACGGAGUGAAGAAAGGACAAGAACAAGUAUUGGGAGAUUUAUCAAUGAUCUUGUGUGAUCCCUUUGCCAUUAACACCUUAGCUCUGAGUACCAUACGGCAUCUGCAAGAGCUGGUUGGGCAAGACACCUUACCCAGGGAAAGCCCAGACCUCUUGCUGCUGUUAAGGAUGCUGUCUCUGGGACAAGGGGCCUGGGAUAUGAUUGACAGUCAAGUCUUCAGGGAGCCUAAAAUGGAACAUGAGUUGAUCACCAAGUUCUUGCCGAUGCUGAUGUCCUUUGUGGUGGAUGACUACACAUUCAACGUAGAUCAGAAACUGCCAUCGGAAGAGAAAGGGCCAAUUCCCUACCCCAGCACCAUUCCCGAAGCUUUCACCAAAUUCCUCCAGGAGCACAGAAUAGCCUGUGAGGUUGGGCUAUAUUACAUACUUCACAUAACUAAACAGAGGAACAAGAAUGCUUUUCUCAGGCUCCUGCCAGCACUAGUCGAGACAUUCAGUGACCUGGCCUUCAGUGAUAUUUUCCUGCACCUGCUCACCGGUAACCUCACCUUGCUGGCUGAUGAAUUUGCGCUGGAGGACUUCUGUACCAGUCUCUUCGAUGGCUUCUUCCUCACUGCCUGCUCAAGAAAAGAGAAUGUCCAUAGACACAUGCUAAGAUUGCUACUUCACCUGCAUCACAAAGUGGCACCUGCCAAAUUAGAAUCCCUCCAGAAGGCUUUGGAACCUACCAAGCAGAGCGGCGAAGCUGUGAAGGAUCUUUAUAACCAGCUCAGCGAGAAACUGGAGCUUCGCAAACCCAGUCCAGCCCAGGUGGCUGAAACUCCAUCCAUGGAACUGACUUUGCCCACAGUGCCCACCCCAGCCUCGCUCUGAGCCACAUGAGCGGGACUCUGAGACAAGAGAAACUAAUCUUUGCGUCCUGCAGAGUGGAGGCGUUUCAAUGUGUCGCUGGCUACCAUGGUGGAAACUUACCUAAAGCCACUGAGCCUUUUGCAGAAGCAGGACAUUGUCAGACACUGCAGUUUGUCCUUGAGCAUGCUCAGUAUGCAGUGUAUUGCAUAGGUUUACUUUGCCUAAGGAUAGCUAGGUGGCUUCUUGUGGAUCUACUCAGCUUGUAUGAUUUUUUUUUCAAAAGACAAGUCUUGUUUUUAAA